ACGCGUUUAGAAGUGAAUUCGACGAUUAUCCGACCUCGUGGUCGCGGUUCUCGAGUGAUCGGAACACGCAGAGAGAUGGUAUGGGGAACAGAGGAGGUGCUAGAGGCUCGCAGUCUGGAGGGAGAGCUCUUUGGGCGAUUUAUGGAGAGGGUCAGUCAGAGGAGACUGAACGGACCGGUCGAAACAGGGACGACCGUCGCGGAAAAGAUAAUCAAAAGUCUGGUCGUCGAACCGGGGGAAAAUCCGUCCAAAGAAAAGACGAACAGGACGAAGUUCCCGUGUUGAACAACUACCACCGCCCGGACCGUGGCACUAAAUUCCCCGAGGAGAUUUCAUCUUUCCGGGAUAUGGAUAUGGACCAAGACGACGAGAAUGUGAAAGCGAAAGCCGGCAAAAUCAGGGACCAGGUCUUUGCCUACGCGUCCUCACGCCCGACUGUGCGGCCAACCGUGCGGCCAACUGCAAAGACUCCCGAGCGUCAAUCUCUCAAGGCGGAGGGCGACAUUGACGAGGUCGAGCUCGAGCUCGAUAUGGAUUCUGACACGGGUGUGCGAAAUCGCAAGAAAAACACGAAGAAGGACGAGCCCAAGAAGAAACUCAAGGAUGAAAGCAAGAAAUUUUUCAAAGACGGCCCGCGCACGAGGGAUGGAGCUGAGGUGACAGACCCAUAUCUGAUUUCGAAAUACAUCAAGGUUGCGAUUGCGCGCGGUAACCUGGACGUUGCUCUCGAGAACGCUCGACGAGGCGGAGAACACUCUACCACCGGCUGGAACCUCAUUAUCCAGCACACGAUGAGCGAGGCCAAAGUCAACACCGCACUCUCGUACUUCAACGAGAUGCGCCGCCGCGGAGCGAAGCCCAACGGGUACACCUUCACCGCGCUCUUCCAAGGUCUGGCGAACCACAGCGCGAUCGCACCGACCGCGGUCGACAAGACGAAACGUAUUCUCGCGUACGCUGUACACAAGGGCACGUUCAAGUUAGAGCCGGUGCUUCUCAACGCCGCGCUGCAAGUCGCGCGGGUCAAUCGUGACAUCGACGCGAUGUACGAAAUACUCGGGACCGCGAUGGACGUGAUCCCGCUCGACGCAGCGUCAUACUCAAUCAUCUUCAAUAUCUACUCCAACGCCGGCCGCUCGAACCGCGAACUCGGCUCUGAAGUCCGUGAGAUCUGGGCCGAGGCCGUUAGCGAGGCCAAGCGCAGCCAGAGACUGUCUAAUGACCGCGUAGUCCUCUUCAACUCUGUGAUCUACAACGUCACGCGCGCGCUGCUCAAGAGUAAAAGCCAAGCGGACGUGUAUCUCGCCUACCGCAUCAUUGUCAACGCAUACAAUCUCCCGCAGUACAUCGUCCCCACCGAGCUCCUCGUGAGCAACAUCAUCCAAGACCCGUCCGCGGUCGAAGACACCGCGUUGGAGCCUUAUCUCUGCAACGACACCAGCGACGAGAGCCGGUUAUCCAAAGCCCCGAUCGAGAAGACUGCGGUCCCGUUUAUUUUCGAGGCCUGUGACCGUCUGCGCCAGCGCGACGCGUUUAUCGAGUACCACACUUACUUCAAGCAGCGUAUCUACCUGGGCUCUUCGUUGCAUAUGAAGUACACUGAGCAGAUGGACAAGAACGGAUUGCCAGCGGUGGGUGAUGAUGUGGUUCAAGAUACGGUGCCGGAGGUUACGAGAAAGGAUAGGCGGAUGCAGAGGCGUCUUUAUGCUCAUGAAAACAAAGGAAAGAAACUCAUAGCUCAGGAAGACGAUGAGGACGACGACUGAUUGGUGUAUGGAAGGGUUUAUUGUAUAUA